AAUUUUCUCUUUUUCUAUAGUCAACUUCUAACUCAAGAUGAAGGGCAAUCAAAUGAUUCCAAAUGCCCACUUUCACAAGUGGUGGCAACGUUUUGUACGAACAUGGUUCAACCAACCAGCUCGUAAAUAUCGCAGACGUCAAAACCGCAUCAAGAAAGCAAAGGCUGCAUUCCCACGUCCAGCUGCUGGAGCAUUGCGUCCUAUUAUUCGCUGCCCAUCAAUCCGCUACCACACUAAACUCCGAACAGGACGUGGAUUUUCAUUAGCCGAAUUGAAGGCUGCUGGUCUUACAAGUGGAUUCGCUCGUACAGUUGGAAUUUCUGUAGAUCGUCGACGACGUAAUAAAUCAGUUGAAUCACGUCAACAAAAUGUUCAACGUUUGAAGGAGUAUCAGAACAAGUUGAUCCUCUUCCCGAUCCACGAAAACCGCAAAUUGCGUAAGGGUGAAGCAACUGAGGAAGAACGUAAAUUGGCAACACAACUGACCGGUCCAGUUAUGCCAUUAGUGAAACCGAAACCUGUCAUCGAAUUCCGUGCUAUCAAGGAAGACGAAAAGAAAUUCUCUGCUUUUAACGCUCUUCAUUGUGCUCGUGUUGCUGCCCGUACAGCUGGUCAACGUGCAAAGAAAGCAAAGGAAGCUCAAGAAGCCCAGGAGAAUGCACCAUCAAAGAAGUAGAUUUGAAUUAAAAACAUUUGUGAAAACUUCUCUCCAUCAACGCGAUAAGAAAAUAAAAAUGUUAUUUGUAACAUAAAAAAUAA